UUUCGCUUCUUUUGUUUACAUUCUGUGAGAGGCUCUUUGUGGACUUACUUCCCUUGUGACUGUUAUUCGUGCUUUUCUUACUCCCACUCUCGUGUGUUGUCCUGUGCUGUUCACCAUGGUUUGAUGCCAAAGGUGGCUGGACAAGACACAGAAGAGAAAACGGGACUGUAUUAUUGCCUCCCUCUUGUACAGUUACUCAUGCAUUUUCGCUCUACUUUCUUUUUGUAUUUUCAAUGUACGCGCAAAUCCGACCACAGGAACGGCCAGGAUUUAGAAGCAAUUAGUUUUACUUGCGGGGUUUAAUCGAUGUC